UAUAUGCCCAUAAUUAUCAACCUACCAAAUCACACACAUUUUCAGAAAAGACAAAGUUAGCCGGCAUGAGAUAUUUCGACAUGAAUAGUAUUUCCCGAUCAAGCAGCUGCGAGAGCACCCAAAGCACCACCACCAUCAUCGACCCCUCCGCCUUCGGCCGCUCCACCUCCUACGUCGACAUCUCCGACCUCGACUACGCCGAGGAGCUCUACCACCGCACCGUCGUCCACGGCGGCCCCACCCCCUCCGCCGUCGCCGCCACCGCCGCCUUCCGCCGCCUCGACAAACACCGCGGCCAAAACCCCGUCGUCUCCUUCCUCCGCUCCCUCCUCUCCCUCCUCCCCCUCCCCUCCUCCCUCCUCCCCACCUGCACCCGCUCCAUCGCCCCCUCCCUCGGCCGCAAGGUCACCGGCACCCUGUUCGGCAACCGCCGCGGCGCCGUCAGCUUCGCCGUCCAGUUCGAUCCGCGGUCCCCGCCGGCCUUCGUCGUCGAGCUGGCGGUCUCCACCGCCGCGCUCGUGAAGGAGAUGUCGGCGGGGAGGCUGCGGAUCGCGCUGGAGUGCGAGAAGCCGGGGCGGCGGGCGGGGGCGGGGCUGUUCGGGGAGCCGGUGUGGAAAAUGUACUGCAACGGGAGGCAGUGUGGGGCCGCGCACGUGCGGGAGUGCAACGAGACGGAUUGGCACGUGCUGAGCACGGUGCAGAGGGUGUCGGUGGGUGCCGGGGUGAUUCCGGUGGCGGAGGAGGGCUACGGGAAGGGCGGAGGGGGCGAGGGGGAGCUGGUGUACAUGCGGGCCCGGUUCGAGCGGGUCGUGGGGAACCGGGACUCGGAGGCGUUUUAUAUGCUCAACCCGGACGGCAACGGCGGGCCGGAGCUCGGGAUUUUCUUGCUUAGGAUUUGAAGGUCGUUGUGUAAAAUUAGAUUAAGCUAAUGUGUUUUAAGAUGUUAGUUAGAAUGUUAACGACUUGAUUUUAGAGACUUAGUAUUCCAACCUUUUUCCGCUCGCUAAAUUUUGAAGGGACUAUGUACUACUAUGUAUUUCGUAGUUUGUUACUUUAAUAAAUGUAGUACAGUAGUUUUUUCUAA